GCGAAAGCCAAGAUGGCGGCAGCCGUGUUUGGCGAACGCGUUUUAAGUGUGUCUCAGUUUAGACCGCAUAAAUGGCUUGGCCUAAGCGCAUAGUAAGUUCUUACGCUGUGAUCUCCUAGUUCGCACAAAUCACUGGUAGCCUGAUCGUCACUGGCUGAUGUCCGAUUGACGAGACACAACACGCGAGAUACUCAACCGAGGCAAAAAGUGUCUCGUGCACCCUGUCACAGUCAGCAUCCUCGAUUGCACGGCGAAGAUAAUAUUCACCGUCGUUGUUCCGUCGAGAUAUCGGUUUAUCUGAACAUUUCCAUAACUGUAGAGGCUUCGAAGGAUCUUCUGCCAUGUCAGCUAAAAGGGAUAAGGACGCAAUGAAUGAAGAUAGUAGCAGUGAUGAGGAUGAAGAUCCUGAUAACAUGGGUGUACCUGGUGGUGGAAAAGAUCUUGCCACUGCUACUGGGAUUGCAAAUAUAAAAGAUGAAAAGCCUAUAGAUGCAUCAUCUAAUGUUAUGGUUAAAGGACAAGCAGGGUUAAAUAUGUCAAAUCAGAAGUUUGGUAACAAAAUCCCUGGUGGAUUGGUAACUAAAACAGCAACACCAGGUUAUGAAAUGGUACGUGUGGGAGGAUCACAGGGUACACCACCUAGUUUUGUCAAUGCGAACCAGUUAGGUCAAUUAGGUCAGUUAGCUGCAGCUGGUGGACAUUAUUUCCCACCAGGAUUAGCAACUCUUGCAGGAUUCAAUCAUGCAGCUUUUUUUCCACCAAGCAUGGAUAUGAGCUUAAUGAGUGGUUUUAUGGGUAUGCCUGGAAUGAACAUGGGUGUUAAUCCCCUUGUUCAAUUGUUAAACCAAAAUGGUUUACAUCCAAACUGGCCAGCUGGGCUAUCAGGUAAAGCUGUGGCACAGUUAUGGAUGAAUACUGCAGAUCCUGCUAAAAUGAAUGUACAACCAACUAUACCAGAGGAGGAGGAAGUAGAUGAUGAAGAUAUGGGUGUAGCAGAAACAUAUGCUGAUUAUAUGCCUACUAAACUCAAACUUGGACGAAAGCAUCCAGACCCUGUCGUGGAAACCGCAUCAUUAUCCAGUGUUGAACCAACAGAUGUCUGGUACAAAGUAUCGAUACCGGAAGAAACGAUACGAACCGGAGCUUUAUCUGCGUUGCAGCUCGAAUCAAUAACGUACGCGUCUCAACAACACGAACAUCUAUUGCCAGACGGUACACGCGCUGGUUUUCUGAUCGGUGAUGGUGCAGGAGUUGGAAAAGGACGAACCAUAGGCGGUAUUAUAUUCGAAAAUUACUUGAAGGGAAGGAAACGCGCUAUUUGGGUUUCCGUCUCGAACGAUCUCAAAUACGACGCUGAGCGUGAUUUGAACGACAUUGGCGCGUCAAAAAUCGAGGUUCACGCGUUGAAUAAAUUUAAAUACGCGAAGAUCUCGUCAGCAGUAAAUGGCAAUGUAAAGAAAGGAGUGAUAUUCAGUACAUAUUCUGCUCUGAUCGGAGAGUCGUCGCAAAGUGGUGGAAAAUACAAGAGUCGAUUAAAACAACUUUUACAAUGGUGUGGGGAAGAUUUCGAUGGACUGAUUAUUUUCGACGAGUGUCAUCGGGCAAAGAAUUUGUGUCCCACGGGUAGCUCGAAACCUACCAAAACUGGUUUAACAGUCUUAGAGUUGCAGAACAAACUUCCCAAAGCUAGAGUAGUGUACGCUAGUGCCACAGGUGCUUCUGAACCUCGUAACAUGGCUUAUAUGGUUCGAUUAGGCAUGUGGGGCGAAGGAACACCGUUCCCCGAAUUCAGUGACUUUAUCACCGCCGUGGAGAAGCGAGGAGUCGGUGCAAUGGAGAUCGUAGCGAUGGACAUGAAACUUCGAGGCAUGUACAUUGCGAGACAGCUCAGUUUUCAUGGUGUAGCCUUUAAAAUAGAAGAAGUACCACUAUCCAAAGAUUUUACCGAAAUUUACGAUCAUUCUGUUCAACUUUGGGUGGAAGCGAUGAAAAGGUUUCAAGAAUCGGCAGAAUUAUUGGACGCGGAGAACCGUAUGAAGAAAACCAUGUGGGGACAAUUCUGGUCAUCGCACCAGCGAUUCUUUAAAUACCUGUGUAUCGCCGCUAAGGUAAAACACGCUGUCGCGGUUGCACGAGAAGCUGUGAAGUGUGGAAAAUGCGUGGUUAUCGGUUUACAAUCUACUGGUGAAGCACGCACGUUAGAACAAUUAGAGCGUGAUGACGGUGAACUCAGCGAUUUCGUUUCCACUGCAAAGGGAGUGCUUCAAACAUUGGUCGAGAAACAUUUCCCAGCGUCGGAUCGUAACCAUAUACAGCGAGUUUUGGGUAUCGACACGUCGAAGAUGCAAAGGUUAGAGGACCUGGAUGACAUCGAUGGCGCUGGCGGUUCUGCAGGCGGAAGUAAGAGGAAACCAAUACGGCAGGCUGCUCAACGAGCCUCUAAGAGAGUUCGUACGUUCCCCUCUGACGACGAUUUUACUGAUGACGAAAGGAAUGGAGGCCGCAGUUCCGAUUCGGAAUAUAAACAAAGCGGCAGCGAGAGCGAAGAUGACCAUAAGACCGACGAGGAGAGCAACAUUACUUCCGACUCUUCCUUCAAUUAUAGCGAAUCAGAUUCUGAUUCGGGAGAUGGAAGACGAAGGAAGAAGGGUGCCAAAAAGCAAAAGAAACCCGUGAAGAAACGUCCGGGAGCUGUGGCCGCUGGAGCGGCCCGUAAUCGCGCGCCAUCAAGGGACGAUGUGGAGCGUGCGUAUACUAUGAAGAAAGAGUUACUAUCUCAGAUAGAAGAUUUAGGUGACCGGUUACCACCAAAUACCCUAGAUCAGUUGAUCGACGAAUUUGGUGGACCGGAAAAUGUAGCUGAAAUGACCGGUAGGAAAGGACGAGUCGUUCAAACGGAGGAUGGAACUAUUCAGUACGAAUCUAGAUCCGAAGUAGAUGUCCCAUUGGAAACACUUAAUUUAACAGAGAAGCAGAGGUUUAUGGAUGGGGAAAAAACGGUAGCCAUUAUCUCAGAAGCAGCUAGUAGUGGUAUAUCACUGCAGAGCGAUAGACGAGCGAGAAAUCAGAUGCGACGCGUGCACAUUACUCUCGAAUUACCAUGGAGCGCAGAUAGGGCGAUACAGCAGUUUGGACGAACGCAUCGUUCCAAUCAAGUGAACGCUCCAGAAUACAUAUUUCUAAUCUCAGACUUAGCCGGUGAACGACGAUUUGCAUCAAUUGUAGCGAAGCGUUUAGAGAGUCUUGGAGCGCUUACGCAUGGUGAUAGAAGGGCUACGGAAACCAGAGAUCUCUCGCAAUUUAAUAUUGAUAAUAAAUACGGACGCGCAGCGCUUGAGGCGACAAUGAGAACUAUAAUGAAGUAUGAGCCUCCACUUGUACCGCCACCACAAGAUUACCAUGGAGAUUUCUUCAGGGAUGUAGCCGACGCAUUAGUAGGUGUCGGUUUAAUUUGCAACAGCGAAAGCACGCCCGGUGUACUCACACUAGACAAAGACUACAACAACAUGUCGAAGUUCUUGAAUCGCAUCCUCGGUAUGCCAGUCGACCUGCAGAAUCGUUUGUUCAAAUAUUUCACCGAUACAUUAAACGCAAUCGUCACGCAAGCGAAAAAGACUGGUCGUUUCGACAUGGGUAUUCUCGAUCUUGGUACUUCCGGCGAGAACGUGAAAAGGGUCAAGUUGUAUCGUUUUCUGCGAAAACACGCGACCGGAAAAGCACCAACCGAGCUUCACGUUGUUCACGUUGAACGUGGAAUGAACUGGGCCGAGGCGUUGGACAAGUGUUCUGAGUUAACUGGAUCCAAGGAAGGUUUCUACUUGAGCCAUCAAAUCCGUAAUGGAAAACAGACUGCAAUCCUUGCAGUCGCUGUGGAUACUGGGAAAAAGAAAUCUGAAAACAAAAAAGAUCAACUAUUCAUGGUUUAUAGGCCAAAUACAGGAUUACAAUUAAGGCAAGAAACUUUAGGCGAAUUAGAGAAGAAGUACAAGAAGGUAUCUUCAGACGAGGCGGAACCACAUUGGUCGCAACAGUACGAAGCGUCUGUGGAUACAUGUUCGCACGCAUACUGGCGUGGUAAUUGUAAAAAUGCAACACUUGGUAUGGACUGUGAGGUUGGACUCCGGAGGCGUUCCUAUAAUGUCUUAUCAGGUUCAGUGCUAAGCGUAUGGAGUCGAGUGGAGAGUAUUCUUGCGACACGUUCUGGUCACAAUUCUAAGAUGCAAGUUGUACGCUUACGAACUGAUGAAGGUUUAAAAAUAGUUGGUACCCUUAUUCCAAAGUCCUGCAUGGAGAUACUACGUCAAGAAUUGUCAUCCGAUUCUGAAAAUACCGAAGAACUUACAUUUUGAACAUUUCGUUAAUUCGCUUUUAUAGAACAGGACCAAAAGAAGCGAUCGAUGCGAAU